CUUAUAAAUAAUGACUUGAACUCUGGUUCGAUUUUGCAGUAUUCACCCGUUGGUCGUCUCCCCACUCUGCAACUGCAGUUCAAAAAUAUAAUUAAAUUAAGACUUACCUCUGUUUUGUUUUACUCUCUCCCUCUCUCCGUCUCCGCUUGUGCCUCGUUCUGGCACAGCUCAAAGGACGACGAAUUGCAUCUCGGUGUAUCAAAUUCUCGGUCCUCUCUGUCCCCAGCUGCCUGCCUGCCUCUUUAUACCAAAUGAAGUUACAUCUGCCAAGCUUUUAUACACUUGUAUUUGCGCAAGUGUUUCUUUUCUUCUUUAUCAACUUACAGUGGCUGCAAGCCAAUGCUUCAUCAGGAAAAGCUACAGAUCAACUUGCCUUGCUUAAAAUCAAACAAGGGAUGAUCAGCGAUCCACAUGGCAUCUUCAGGUCAUGGAAUGAUUCUCUCCAUUUCUGCAAUUGGACUGGAAUCACAUGCGGUCGCCGCCAUCAAAGAGUCACCUCCUUGGUCUUAGAAGGGCAGAAUCUGUUUGGGUCUAUAUCACCAUACAUUGGCAACCUCAGUUUUCUCAUGUUGAUCAACCUCCAAAACAACAGCUUAACGGGUGAAAUUCCUCAGGAAGUUGGCAACUUGUUUCGACUGCAGGAAUUCCUUGUCAAUAAUAACUCAUUACAUGGUACAAUUCCACUCAAAUUGACUGAAUGCUCUCAGCUUAAGACGAUUGAUUUUCGACGGAAUAAUAUCGCUGGAAAAAUCCCAGCAGAACUUGGCUCUCUUACAAAGCUGGAGAUAUUCGCAUUUCGCAAUAACAAUCUCACCGGAGAAAUUCCACCUUCUUUAGGCAACCUUUCAUCACUUACCGUAUUUUCUGCUUCAUUCAAUGACUUGGAGGGAAAUAUUCCAAAUGAAAUGGGUCGAUUGACAAAUUUGAAUAUUUUCACCAUUGCAGCUAACAGAAUAUCAGGUAUAAUCCCUCCAUCAUUUUUCAACAUCACAUCUUUAACCUUACUGUCAGCUCUGGGUAGCCAACUGAGUGGUAGUCUACCUGACAAUGUAGGCCUUGUUGACCCUACAAGCUCAAAGGAGCAUAGAUUUUGAUGAUACCAAAACUCAACUAGAAUCAAACUAACAUUGUUUUAAGUGUUGUGCAUCUCAAAGAAAAAGACACAAGGAUCUCAUGAUGGAUUCGUGCUUUUGAAGAAAGGAUAACAUUCUAAAGAUAACACAGGACGAAUCAAAAGAGAUAAAAGAAGAAAAUGUUACCUUCCAAGGCUGCAUUGAAAAUCAGAAUUGAAGGUACAUAUAGUCUAAGAGUUAGUUUUAUUUUUAGGAUUGCUUGUAAAAAGAAUUGAGGAGUAGAAGUCAAUGAUGUUUAUUUUCAAUUCCUCAAAAGUUUUUCUCUUUUAAAUAUCAUUAUUGGCCUAAAAAUUAAUUGACUAUGAUUUGGUGUAAAGUUUUAUAGCUUUGAAAGUUAUGCAGAA